CUUUGUUGCCCCUUGUUACCCCUUGUUACCCCUUGUUACCCCAUGUUACCCCUUGUUACCCUUGUUACCCCUUGUUACCCCUUUUACUUUUGUUACCCCAUGUUACCCUUGUUACCCCUUGUUACCCUUGUUAUCGUUUUUUACCCCUUGUUACCCUAAUUACCCCAUGUUACCCCUUGUUACCCCUUGUUACCCCUUUUACCUUUGUUACCCCAUGUUACCCUUGUUACCCCUUGUUACGCUUGUUUCCCUUUGUUACCCUUGUUACCCUUUGUUACCCUUGCUACCCCAUGUUACCCUUUUUACCCCAUGUUACCCUUGUUACCCUGUGUUAUCCCGUUUUACCCUGUGUUACCUUGUGUUACCCUUGGUACCCCAUGUUACCCUUGUUACCCUGUGUUACCCUCGUUACCCUGUGUUACCUUUGUUUCCUUGUUUUACCCAAUGUUACCUUUGUUACCCUGUGUUACCCUGCGUUACCCCAUGUUACCCUUGUUAACCUUUGUUACCCUUGUUACCCUGUGUUACACUUGCUACCCCAUGUUACCCUUGUUCCCCUGUGUUACCCUUGUUACCCUUUUUUAACUAGUGUUACCCUUGUUACCCUUGUUACCCUCUGUUACCCUUGUUACCCUCUUUUACCCUAUGUUACCCUGUGUUGCCCUGUGUUACCUUUGUUACCCGGUUUUUCUGAGUGUUCCUCCGUGUUACCUUUGUUACCUUGUGUUGCUUUGUAUUUCCGCGUGUUACCGCUGUCAUUCUGUGUUCCAUGUGUUACCCUUGUUACCCUGUGUUCCCCCAUGUUACCCUUUGUUACCCUUCUUACCCUGUGUUACCCUGUGUUACCCCGUGUUACCUUUGUUACCCUCUGUUACUGUUCUUGCCCUGUGUUACCCAUUGUUCCCCUUGUUACCCCGUCUUACCCUUCUUUUCCGGUGUUACCCCGUGUUACCCCAUGUUACCCUGUGUUACUUUUGUUAUCCUGUAUUACCCCAUGUUACCCUCUGUUACCUCGUGUUACCCUUGGUACCCUGUGAUACCCCGUGUUACCCUUGUUACGCUGUGUUUUCCUUUUUAUUCUGUGUUACCCCAUGUUACCCUUGUUACCCUGUGUUAUCCCGUUUUACCCUGUGUUACCUUUUGUUACCCUUGGUACCCCAUGUUACCCUUGUUACCCUGUGUUACCCUUGUUACCCUGUGUUACCUUUGUUACCUUGUGUUACCCAGUGUUACCUUUGUUACCCGUGUUACCUUGUGUUUGCUUGUUACCCUGUUACCCCAUGUUUCUUUUGUUACCCUGUGUUACCCCGUGUUACCCUUGUUAACCUUUGUUACCCUUGUUACCCUGUGUUACCCUUGCUACCCCAUGUUACCCUUAUUACCCUGUGUUACCCUCGUUACUCCGUGUUCCCCCUCGCUCUUUACCCUUGUUACCCUGUUUUUCUUUGUGUUGCCUUUUGUUACUGCGUGUUACCCUGUGUUACCCUUGUUACUCUGUGUUACCCUGUCUUACCCUUUGUUACCCCAUGUUACCCUGUGUUACCCUUAUUACCUUGUGUUACCACAUGUUACCCUGUGUUUCCCCUUUCUUACCUCAUGUUACUCUGUGUUACCCUUGUUACUCUGUGUUACCCCAUGUUACCCUGUGUUACCCUUUCUUACGCUGUGUUACUCUGUGUUCACUUGUGUUACCCUUGUUUCCCUGUGUUAUUCCGUGUUACCCUGUGUUUCCCUUGUUACCCUGUGUUCACCCAUGUUACCCUUGUUACCCUCUGUUCCCCCGUGUUACCCUGUGUUCCCCCAUGUUACCCUCUGUUACUUUUGUUACCCUGUUACCCUUGUUACCCUUUGUUCCCUAAUGUUAUCCUUGUUACCCUCUGCUACCCUGUGUUACCCAAU